UGGGUCUCCCAAGAAUCUAGACAGAUGAUUUGAAGAGCCCUGCUUUUUUUUCUUAUAAGAUGCAUAUAUAGCUGAGAUAAGAGAAAAGUAUAAGAGGAACAAGUUGUUUGGAGAGAAAGAAACAAAAUAAGAUGAAGGUGCAAGAUCUAUUCUUGGUGGCUAUUUUCUGCCUUUCUUAUACGCAGCUGGUCAAGGGACAACCUUGCCCAAGUACUAGAUGUGGCAAUGUCAAAAUCGAGUACCCUUUUGGCAUUUCUUCAGAUUGUUACCAUGACAACGAUCCCAGUUUCAAACUCAUUUGUAAGGAAGAGAAGCUAUUCCUUAAGAAUCUUGAAGUGCUCAGCAUUUCUCACAGCAGCCAGCUACGCGUCAUGGUUCCUAAAUCAUUCUCUUGCUUUAAUAGUCAAGGGAAUAUCACUAGUUGGAGUUACUUCAGGGGUCCUAACCUUGGUAACUUGACUCUCUCCGAAAACAACAAGCUAACUGCAAUAGGUUGUAACACUUUCGCAUUUCUGACCGCUUUUGGAACUCGAAAAAACUCAUCAGUUGGAUGCACAUCAUUAUGUGAAUCUACCCCAGUGGAAAACAGAGAAUGUAAUGGUGCAGGUUGCUGUCAGAACGCCGUCCCAGAAGCCAGCAAUCGUUUCAAUUUCAGCCCAUAUACGUUUACCUACCAGAAGACUUCUGAGCGUACCUAUAUUAGUAAUUGCAUUUACGCCUUUCUCGUUGAAAAUGGGACGUUUGAGUUCAAUGGUGGGGAAGAUUUUAACAAUCUGCGGAAUGUCACGCACUUUCCAGUGGUAUUAGAUUGGUCUAUUGGAAACCAGACAUGCGAGCAAGUUGGUAGAGGCAUAUGCAUUGGGGAGAACAGCAAAUGUUCCAAUUCUACUACCAAAACGGGGUAUGUCUGCGUAUGUGAAGAUGGUUAUCAUGGGAAUCCAUAUCUUGGUUGCCAAGAUAUCAAUGAAUGUGCUAAUACUGACCCUAUCCGAAAACACAACUGUGCCGAUUCCAACACCUGUGAAAACACGCCUGGAAGUUUUCAUUGUAACUGCCAGUCUGGUUUUAACUUAAUUGCCACUAACUCUACUAUGACCUGCUUACCUAUACACACGCCUGUAUAUGUUCCGCCUGUAUAUGUUAGAUGGACUCAGAUUUUUCUUGGAACCACCAUUGGCUUCUUGGUCAUCCUGUUUGCAGUUACCUGUAUCAAACAAAGGAUGAAGCACCGGAAAGACACUGAGCUCCGACAAAAAUUCUUCGAGCAAAAUGGCGGCGGCAUGUUGAUUCAGAGACUCUCAGGAGCAGGGCCAUCAAAUGUUGAUGUCAAAAUCUUUGCUGAGGAAGGCAUGAAGGAAGCAACUAAUGGUUAUGAUGAGAGCAGGAUCCUGGGUCAGGGAGGCCAAGGAACGGUCUACAAAGGGAUAUUACCUGAUAAUUCCAUAGUUGCUAUAAAGAAAGCUCGGCUAGGAGACAGUAGCCAAGUAGAGCAGUUCAUCAAUGAAGUGCUCGUGCUUUCUCAAAUCAACCAUAGGAACGUGGUCAAGAUCUUGGGAUGUUGUUUAGAGACAGAAGUUCCGUUGUUAGUCUAUGAGUUCAUAACUAAUGGCACCCUUUUCGAUCACUUGCACGGUUCAUUGUUCGAUUCUUCUCUAACAUGGGAACACCGUCUGAGAAUAGCCAUAGAAGUUGCUGGAACUCUGUCAUAUCUACACUCCUCUGCUUCUAUUCCAAUCAUCCAUCGUGAUAUCAAGACUGCUAAUAUUCUCUUGGAUGAAGAUUUGACUGCAAAGGUAGCUGACUUUGGUGCAUCAAGGCUGAUACCAAUGGAUAAAGAGCAGCUCACAACUAUGGUGCAAGGCACUCUCGGCUACUUAGACCCAGAAUACUACAACACAGGGUUGUUAAACGAAAAGAGCGAUGUUUAUAGUUUUGGGGUGGUCCUCAUGGAACUUCUCUCAGGUCAAACAGCAUUAUGCUUUGAACGGCCACAAACCUCGAAACAUUUAGUGAGUUACUUUGCUUCUGCCAUGAAAGAGAAUAGAUUGCAUGAGAUUAUUGAUGGGCAAGUGAUGAACGAGGAUAAUCAGAAGGAGAUCCAUGAAGCUGCAAGAGUUGCUAUCGAAUGUACAAGAUUGACGGGAGAAGAAAGGCCAAGGAUGAAGGAAGUAGCUGCAGAGCUAGAAGCCCUAAGACUCACAAAAACAAAACAUAAAUGGUCAGAUCAGUAUCCUGAAGCAGAGGAUGUUGAGCACUUGCUAGGUGUUCAAAUCCUAUCAGCUCAAGGCGAAACCAGUAGUAGCAUUGGCUAUGACAGCAUCAAGAAUGUAUCAAUAUUAGAUAUUGAAGCUGGCCGCUGAUAUUUAUCAGUCACCAGCUCUGCUAAAAUCACAUACUAUAAAAAUCUUUUGUCUGUAAAAAAAUCUUAAGUCAUAUCUCUAUUGCUUUA